AAUAUAAACACUUCAACUGUCUCUUAGAAUGAGCUCUGAAAAGAGAGAGAUGCACAGGAAAUAUGUUCAUGCUUGGAGAACAACAAGGCAGGCUCUGACCAGAUCUCCAUCUCACCUGGAGAGUAAUCUACCAGCUGAAGUACAAUCACUUGAUCUUCCACUUGAAGAACAAUCACAAAAGGAUGUUGACAUGGAGAUGAUUUGUGGAGAGUGUUCAUCUGACAAUGAACCCUAUUUGCAUUCUGCAAAUGUGGAAGAACAGUCAAGAGCAGCGACAUGGGAGGGUAUUAACAGUUUGAAUGUAUCCUCUGCUUCUGACCUUGAAGAACAAGCAGAAGAUGACAGUAGGGACAUGUCGCUGGCAAAAGAACUGUCCACGUGGGCCAGUGAAUACCAGAUAAAACAUAAUGCACUUGACAACCUGCUCAAAUUGCUACAAAGGCAUGGACACAAUGAAUUACCCUCGACUGCCCGGACUCUCUUGCACAUUCCCCGGCAACUUGACAUAAAGCAAUUAUCUGGAAUGGAAUACGUUUACUUUCCACUAACAGAGAAAUUACAAACAGCACUAGAAAAUUACCCUCCUGAUCUAGCAGAACUCCAAUGUCUUGAUUUAUCAUUCAACAUUGAUGGCUUACCACUGUACAAGAGUUCCAAAACAUGUAUGUGGCCAGUUCUUUGUGCAGUCAUGUUAGACCCAGUCACCAUUUUCCCCACGGCUCUGACAAGCGGUGUGAGUCGACCAACAGAUCUUGGCUUUUUGGAAGACACAGUAAGGGAACUGGCUCAUCUGAUGAAUCAUGGGAUUCACUACAUGGGAAGAAAAAUAAAAGUAAAUUUGAGGUGCUUUGUGUGUGAUGCUCCAGCUCGUGCAUUAGUGAAGAAUAUUAAACUGUUCUCUGGGUACUUUGGCUGCGACCGAUGUGAGCAAAAAGGUACAUGGUUAAACAGAGUCACAUACCAAGAAACAGCUGACCUCAAACUCAGGACAGAUGAAACAUUCAGAAAUCAAUCACAAAUUCAGCAUCAUCAUGGGAACACACCUCUGUCUCACCUCCCCAUAGACAUGGUGCAGAGUUUUCCCAUUGAUUACAUGCACCAGGCUUGUCUAGGUGUAAUGAAAAGACUCCUGCACAUCUGGACCAGAGGAGACAGAGUUGUGAGGGUUUCAGCAAGCCAAAUCACAGAGAUUAGUGCAAGACUGCGGUCUCUUCGGAAAUGCAUCCCAUCUACUUUUGUGCGAAAGCCUAGAGGUCUUGAGGAACUGGACAGGUGGAAAGCAACUGAGUUUCGUCAGUUCCUUCUUUACACUGGGAAGAUUGUGUUGAAGGGUAUACUGCCUGAUGAAAUGUAUUUGCACUUCCUUUCCUUUAGCAUAGCCAUGAUAAUUUUGGUAUGUCCAAGUCUUGUGCAGGACCACUCGAAAUAUGCAGAUGAACUGCUGCAUUAUUUUGUGGAAAAAGGUCGGAAUCUUUAUGGACAAGAAUUCCUCGUUUACAACACACGUGCAAUGCUGCACAUAGCAAAAGAUGCUGAAAACUUCGGUGGUCUGGAAAAUUGUAGUGCCUUCAUGUUUGAAAACUACCUGCAGACACUCAAGAGGAUGGUGCGUUCUGGUAGAAACCCACUGAUUCAGGUUGCUAGGAGGCUGGAAGAGAAAAUCGAACAGAAAAAAACAACAACUGUAGACAAAAUCUCUACCAAGACCCAAGACAGUGCAUAUGUCCUCAGCGGUGGGCAAUGCUGUGAAGUCCUGCAAUUGGCUGACAAAGAACAAAGAGUGCUUUGCCAUGUUUACAGUAAACCUGAGCCACUGUUCGACAGCCCAUGCAUGACAUUUUUGAUUGGUGCCUACAAAUACAAAAGAAAACACAAUACCAUUUCAUGGAUUUCAAAAACAGAACUCACAAAACAUGCUAUUAAGAUUAGCACAGAAGAGAGAAGUGAGAUUUUUCUGUCAGUGCUCCAUGAAUUUUAAUCAAAGGUAACAGGAUGUCAUAUGUAGUAUAAGACAAAUGUACACAUCAUCCUUCGCAUUUAUAAUGAUUUUUUCUUUUUUGUAGAAUGUAUGCAAUUGUAGAAUUUUCAGAGGAGGGAACAUGUGAAAUGGUGCCAGAUAUCUGGUUGUUUAUGAAGGAUGAGGUACAAUACUGUUACUGGCCACCAAUGAAUGCAACAAAAAAAAUACAAAAGCUUGAACUGCCCGAUAAAGAAAAUUGGGCCAAGCACAGGGUCAGGGUGUUUGCUAAAACAGAUGACUAUGAAAGAGCUAAAAAGUGGUCGAAAAAAGCAGCUGUGCAAUCUUCACUUGAGAGCUGUGAUGACUCCCCCAAAAGGAAAAGACG